AUGAAUAUCAAUGCUCCAUUUGGUGGAAAAAUAAUGAUCAUGGGAGGAGAUUUUCGCCAGGUGCUUCCUGUUAUUGAAAAAGGAAGUAGAGGACAAAUGAUUUCAGCGUGUAUUGUUAGGUCUCAAUUAUGGGUCACUAUAAAGAUCCUACACUUGCGCCAAAAUAUGCGAUCAAUUCAUGACCACGAGUUUGCACAGUUUCUGAUGAGGAUUGGAGAUGGCAAUGAACCUGCUAAAGAGGAUGACAUGGUCAAGAUGCCUGCUGAAAUUGUAAUACCAUGGGAAGGAGAAAGCUCCAUAAAAAAGCUUAUACAACAUACAUUUCCCCAAUUAGAAAAUCAUGGAUGGGAUGCUUCAUAUAUGGUGGAGAGAGUCAUACUUACUCCCAAAAAUUGUGAUGUGCAUAUGUUGAAUGAAAUGAUUAUUAAUAAGUUCCCUGAAGAUGAACAUAUUUUUUUAUGUUUUGAUGAGGUUGAGGGUGAUACUCAUAAUCUAUAUCAACAAGAAUACUCGCACACAAUUGCUCAUGAUACUUUACCACCACAUAUUUUAAAGAUAAAAAUAGGGGCUCCUCUGAUGUUAUUGCGAAACAUAGACCCUAAAUUUGGUCAAAAUUGGGGUGUAACACCAGUUACAUUUGAUGUUGCAAUCGACUGGGCUUAUGGUGAAAAUGCUAAGGAUUUUAUGGGUUACAUUGUGUUACAAGGUAGAAGUAAAGUGCUUGAUGUUAGUCCAGAUGAUAGUAUGGUAAAAAAUAAAUUGCUUACAUAUAUUGGUGAGGGUUUGAGGGAUUUUAAGACACAACUCAAACAUGAUUAUAUUACUCAUCCAAUAGAUGAAGAUGACCCUGAAUAUAAGCCUCCAUACUGGAUGUGUUCAUUUAUUGAUCAUGAUGGUUCGGAGAAAUUUAUAAAGUCUCCCACCACUCCUGAAUUCUUGGCUAAGAGCGAAAAAUGA